GUUUUUUCUGAGUGUCACAAAGAUUUUUAUAUUUAAAAUAGAGAGAGAGAGAGAGAGAGAGAGAGAGAGAGAGAGAGAGAGAGAGAGAGAGAAAGAGGGAGAGGAAGAGAAAGAGAAGGAGAGAGACAAAGAUUGAGAAAUAAAAAGCAGAAUUGACAAAUAUGUUCAACUAUUCAGAAACCAUAGAUUUCAAAAAUGCACAAACACAUCAAGUUUUUAUUCUUACCGGUAAUUUCAAACAUACUAACUUCCGUUACAUCCUUCCGUUUUCUUAUAUUAUAAAAUAUCAAUAUACACGUUUGAUAAAUGCAGUUUAAGAAGAUAGGCAGCGUCUAUUAUGAAAAACUUUUUUGUACAAUAGAGAAGAUAUAUUUGUUCUCUAAAUCAUUUUUUUUCAAGUUUACAUGUAUCAAAUAAACAAUAAGAAAAUUCGGUAAUAUUGUUCUAAAAUGAUUCAUUUGAAAUCAUUAAGUACAUAUGUCGUAAAUAUAUUCAGGUGCCUUAAAGCACUAUUAAAAGAAAACUACUGUAGUUUUUAUCGGAACAAUUGAGAUAUAUACAUAUACUUUGGAUAAAAGGAAUAAUUUACAACAUCUGUUUACUAACAGUGGGGCAUAAUCAUAAAUUUAUAAAAUGAUUUGUUUAUAUACAUGAGAAUAAGUGUGACUAUAGUAUAUUUACUAAGACAUAAAUGAUGAUAGUAGAAAUAACAAUUAUUUGACUCUUUUCUUUCUUAUUUUUUCUCUUUCACUAUGUUAUUUAUCCUAAAAACAUUUCGAUAUUAAACAUGAGUACUAUGUAUAAAUUAAUAUCUAUAAAUAGUAUAAUCUGUAUUGAUUAUUUAGAUGAAAUUAGAGUAAUAUAGUCGGUGAUCAUAUAAUCUAAAUAAAAAAACCCUCACUAUUUAUAAAUCUUUCUAUAUUAAAAUUAAGGAUUUUUUGCAUGCAUAUAAAUGAUAGGCUUUAAGAAUGUCGAAAUAUUCUUUCUAGAAUUAUAAUUUAGAAUUUAGAACGUUAGAGUUGAUAAGUUUUAUACAUUUGAUUUUUUUUUAAUACUUCUAGAUGAUCAAACACAUGUUUCUAAAUACUGAUGAGUAAUAUCACAUCGAUGCAUGGAGAUUAUUAUUACGUCUUUAACACUUUAUUGUUGUUGUUUUACUUAUGGUAAAAAUGAUUCAUGUUUUUUUGAGUAAGUGUGGAUAGAUAAUCUUGGAAGGUUAUUUGAUUUUUUUUAGUCGUAUUGGGAAAUCCUGAAGCCAAACGUUUGUAUGAAGAAUUAAUAAAAGUUCGUUCAUAUAACAAAUUGAUUCGUCCUGUUAAAAAUAAUAAUGAAAAAUUAACAGUUUAUUUGGGUUUAAGAUUAACACAAUUAUUAGAUGUGGAUGAAAAGAAUCAAAUUAUGACAUCGAAUGUAUGGUUAAAACAGUAUUGGACCGACAUUCAUCUUAGUUGGAAUCCGGAAGAUUUUAAUAAUCUAACAAAUAUGUCGAUUCCGGCAGCUGAGCUAUGGAAACCCGAUAUCGUCUUGUUCAACAAGUUGGUACCUCUCUAUAAUGCGGAUGGUAACUAUGAAGUAACUCUAAUGACAAAGGCCACUGUUUAUCACGAUGGACGAGUCAUCUGGGAGCCACCUGCAAUCUACAAAUCAUCGUGUACAAUAAAUGUUGAAUUUUUUCCUUUUGAUAUUCAACAUUGUCAAAUGAAAUUUGGUUCAUGGACGUAUUCCGGUGAACAAGUUGAUCUUGUUCAUAUAAAUCAGUCAAAUGGUUCCAUACCUGCUUAUGGUAGUAAUAAAAUUGAUGUUGCAAUUGAUUUAACAGAUUUUUAUCGAAGUGUAGAAUGGGAUAUUAUGGAGGUUCCGGCUAAGAGAAAUAUUCGUAAAUAUAUGUGUUGUCCACAAACUUAUCCAGACAUCACAUUUCAGAUCAUACUUCGUCGAAAAACAUUAUUUUAUACGGUUAAUUUAAUAAUUCCAUGUGUAGGAAUAUCAUUUUUAACAGUAUUAACAUUCUAUUUACCAAGUGAUAGUGGUGAAAAGGUUGCAUUGUGUAUUAGUAUAUUACUAUCGUUGACUGUCUUCUUUCUUCUGUUAGCUGAGUUAAUACCACCUACGUCAUUAGUAGUACCAUUAAUUGGUAAAUACCUUUUAUUUACAAUGAUACUCGUUACACUAUCAAUUGUUGUCACUGUGGUUGUUCUUAAUAUUCAUUUUCGAUCACCGUUAACUCAUCAAAUGCCACAAUGGGUUAGACGUGUUUUCUUACAUGUACUACCAAAACUUUUGUGGAUGAGACGUCCUAAAUCAACAAUUGAUCCACUUUGCUAUCGUGCUGUUGGUAAUAGUAGUAAUACAGUAGUAGUAAAAACAGCAGCUGUCCCAUCAAGAACAACAACAACGACAACAUUAACAUCGUCUAAAAAAAGUCCAUACCAGAUAAGAAAAAAUUAUAAUUCUGAUACACGUUUAUUAGAUGAUUAUGAUAACAGUGAUAACAUAAUAGGUAGCGGGUGUGGUGAUGAUGGAAUUCGUUCACAAUCAGAAUCAUUAUAUCCCGCUGAGAUUAAAAAAGCUUUUGAAGGACUCAAAUUUGUUGCCGAACAUAUGAGACAAGAAGACGAAGAAAAAAAGAUUAAAGAGGAGUGGAAAUAUGUGGCCUUAGUGAUUGAUCGAUUAUUUCUCUACAUAUUCACAACAGCAUGUAUCGCAGGAACAUGUGGUAUCAUUCUUCAAGCACCAUCAAUCUACGAUAAUCGUAAACCAUUGGAUGUAUUGAAAUCAAACAGGUUCUAG